AGGAAGCGUGGUAUUGUGACACCUCGUGUGCGGUCAUAGAAAUCUGGCAUUUUACGCUGCCACUUAGCCAUUACAGUGUUCUAUGCGAUUGUUAACUUGUAUCUUUCGUUGCUAUUUCCAUAAGAAUAUACUGGACUUUUCUGAAGAUUGCAAGAAAGAUAAUACUGAAGCAGUGUCACUUAUUCCUUCCACCACGAAAAUACGCUAAACGUCUCUAAAGAUUGUAAGAAAGAGACAUGACAGUGCUUUAUAGUCGAUUUAACCAGUGGUACUUACCGGGUUUAUUAUAAGAACACGUUAAACAUUUCUGAGAAUUACAAGAAAGACCUGUUGAGCCUUGCUGUGUCGUAACUUCUUGGUCUACGUCAGGAGAGAGGAAGAGUGUUAGCAUGGCUGGCUCUGUGAUAUUGUUACUGACAUUCCUACUGUUUCCACGCCUUGGUACUGCUUUUCUAGGGCGCGGCACCCUCCUAGAGAACGAUGGUGACAUCUUUGACUUGUACUGCGAUGGCUUUGACAAAGGCGUGCGAGUGUGGCACCACCGGGAGAUCACGAGGGAAGCGGUGAGGCGUGCAGUGGUUCGCUACUUCAAGGAAGUGGAGCCAGCCGGAAGGACUUACAACCACAGGGAUGGCAUGACCCUGGAGGAGGCGUAUGAAGAGUACUACGGCCCUGCCUACUCUCCAAAGCCCUUCCUGGAUACUGUUUCUAAGCUGGUGGACGCGGCGGCUGAAGUUGACGCCGGUUUAAUGGGGGCAGAUCCCAGGUAUCACUUUGGGAAUGAGAGAUUUUCAGAGUCUCAGGUGAUGCUGACGGGUCGGUGGCGGCGGAUGGUGAGCGCAGGUCGAGCUGGCGACUAUGACACCGCGCGCCAGCUGUUGGGUCUCUCCUUGGGUACCAUACAAGACUUCUACUCCCACACCAACUGGGUCGAACUCGGGAACAAGGACUUCAAUAGAAACGUUGGCGCCACAGGUAAGGACUUCCUCAACGUAGCCACUGAACGGGAACACACUUGCCAGGACUGUGGAGAGGGAGCGGAUGGAAGAGGCUCCUGCCGCAACAAUAUUCUGGAGGACAUCAUAAGACAGGGCAAACUGACAUCAGGCUACAUUGAGGACUUGUGGGUGGAUGGAACCAGAGUGGGAAAGCCGAGGGGAGUAGAUAAGUGCAGUCAUGGUGGACCAAGAGACAGGUCAAGGGGAGCAGGAGCAAGAGGAGGCAUCAACAAGGAGUUGCCAACAUCCUGCUUCUCCCCUCAUCACUACCUACAUCAGAGAGCGGCUCAGCAGGCAGUGGAGGCCACAGAAUAUUACCUCACUGUGGUACGUGGGAGUCUGGGGACCCCUGCCUUCUCUCGUCUGCUGGGCCUCCACCCAACUCCUGCCAUUGUUGUAGUUUUGGACACCACUGAAUCCAUGGCACAAGAACUCCAGGCUCUUACCCGAACCUUCUCACGUUUAAAUGACAAACACUCUGCAGCAGAUUACCCACCCUCUGAGUACCUUUUUGUGCCUUUCAAUGACCCAUUGUAUGGGCCUAUAGUGAGAUCCCAACAUCCUGCAGAGAUCUAUCGCACCCUGAGUCAGCUGAGGACAGGUGGAGGAGGAGAUGAGGCGGAGCUAAGCAUGUCAGCUCUGCGCCUGGCCCUGCACCACUCACCACCCCACUCCCAUCUUUUCCUGUUUACCGACGCUCCCAUCAAGGACCAGGAGUUUUUUGAGACUGUUGUUACACUGGCACACUCCAAAGCAAUCAAGGUGACUCCAGUGAUAACUCUUCCCACGAGAUUUUCAAGAUUUGCCACCGAAGAAGACUUGAGUGCGUACAGUGUAUUUGGUGAUGAGGAGACUGAGGUGUUUACGUACUCAACUCAGGAACUGGAAAUCAAGGAAGAGUUAAGCCAAAUAACAAACAGCAGUGAAAUCAAAAGCACAAAAAGGAGACCAAAGCGUCAAGUCAGAAACUAUAGCAAAUAUGAAGAGCUUGCAGAGAAGACAGGAGGCCAUGUGGUGCAGGUGGAGAGGGGCAAGGUGGAUGAGGUGUCCCGUAUGAUGGAAGUGGAACAGUACCCUGCGGCUGUACUGUGGAGAACCUUGAGAUCAACAGUAAGCCAAAAUGUAAAGAUACCCAUUGACUCUUUAGUCAGGGAGAUUGAAGUGUCCAUCUCAGGAGGUGUCAACUCUGCCACUCUUGCAUCCUCAAGUAUAAAGUUUGACCUUACAUCCCAGACAAAUGGAGGUGACCUUAAGGGAUACACAGUGGUGGCUUUGACACCUUUCUUCCUUCAGAUUCGCAUCGACAUAACACAACAGCAGCAGUAUCUUGGAGACUGGACUCUGACCUUUGAGCCAAAACGUGUGUGUUCGGUCACAGUCUCUGCCCGCACUCCACUGGACAUUGCACCAACUUUCUACCUUCCGGAUGAACGUUCCUUCCAUCCUUCUCUCCAGCGUAUCCAGGACCACCCAAGCCAAGACUUGAAUUCCUACUUGGAUAUGGUUAUCACUGGUGUGGAUCGUGCUGGUCUGAGGGAGGUGAAUGAGGCACGGCUGCUGGACAGGUCAGGGAGCGAGGCACAACUAGUCUUCCCCACCUCCUCCCCUCUCCGGAACACCUACCUUAGCCUCCCCACCAGAGAUCUGCCACAGGAGAGGUUUACAGUGGCUCUCUAUGGGAGGGACGGUUCAGGUCGGCAUUUCCGAAGGGAGAGUGGGACAUCUUGGGAGAGAGUAGAAUCUGUGAUAUCUUUCCCACUGGGCCGGGACAUCUGGGGUUCUCCAGGGGCCAUUCUCAGAAUCCCAGUCUUCAUCACCAACACUGACUCAGCCACUGGUACCUCCAACACUUACUUCUUGACUGCUAAUGAUGCUUUUGGCUCCUCAGUUAAUCUGGAUCAGCAGAGGGUAACUCUGGGACGGAAUGAGACAGCCACAGUGCAGGUGACACUGUACAUUGAUCCCCAAACACUGCCCCGCACCACCAAUAGCCUGGUGGUUAGUGCCUCCUCUACCCGGGGUGACAUCUCCCACGCACGGGCUCACAUCUCCAUCACACCUCUUGUAAUUGACCGCACUCCUCCCACUUGUGAGGUCAUAUCCAAGAUAUCAUGUUCAAGUAGUGACCUGAUGCCCAGCUCCUGCUCCAACAGUCGCUGGUCCAUGCAGUUCACUGUCCGGGACAACAGAGGAGUGUUUCUUGUGGAAUCUCAGCCUGAGGCCAACUUUCCAAACUUUGCCAGUGGUGAUAGAGAAGUGACGCUUCCCUACUCUGCCUCGUGCUGUAAUCCGGGAGUUACCAUUGUGGUUACUGACAUAGAUAACAAUUUUGUUACUUGUGAAGUUAAUAAUGGGGAGCUGGAAUCCUCUGGAGGUACUACCACACUGACUACAGCAGCCAUCACUGGAAUAGCUGUUGGCUCAGUCUUACUUGUGCUGAUAAUCAUCGCAGUCGUUGUUAUCUUUGUCAUCUAUCGCCGUAGAACCAGGAAGGAGGAUGUCACCACAAGGGCACCCCGAAGGCUGUCCAUGGAAUAGGAGUGCGUGAGGGAAUAUCCAGUGUUGGCAGCAGGGGGGAUGUCAUUACCAUCAGUGGGGGAUGAGAGACAGGAUCCACUUUAUGAACAGCCUAUUUUUCCGUCUUGCAGUCACACACAGUCACAUCUGAGGAGAACCUCCAGGAUUUCAGAAUCCUCUUUAAGUACAAGUUUAGAUUCCUUUUCAUCUUCAUCUAGUAGGAGAGAAAAUUGCCACCAAGGACACAGUUUAACCCCAAGAUGGUCACACUGUCAGUCCUCUGUACCUUCUAAAGGAGAAAGUGAGUCAACAACAUCUUCUGUUAAUUCUUCUAUUUUGUCAAGAACGUCCUAUGAGUUUGGAUAUUGGAAAGUGAAAUUCCUGCGAGCACCUUCAGUGUUCACAGUGAAUAGAGCAAGUCAGUCAGAGGCAUGAGGAAUGGACAUAGUUUUCAUUGCAGUGAAAGAGACAAAGAAAAUACUUCCACUAAAGAGAAUGUUUUAAAGAAAAGAGAUGCAUUGAAGUUAUAUACAAACAAGAAGCAGCAGAUGUGGCUAGAUACCAUUUUAGAGGAAGAAGUGCAAGCUGGUAGUAUCAUCUUUCACAAAUCACCAGUGUAAAUCUACAUGAAAAAGUACACAUCCUGCCCAUAGUGACGAGGUGCUGGUGCAGCACUUGUGUUGUAAUGGAGGAAUGUCAUUUUGUUUUCAGUGUU